AUGGAAGUCAAUGGAGUUGCGGUAAUGCGACGGCGCUCUGAUUCGUGGUUGAAUGCUACCCAGAUUCUCAAAGUUGCAGGGGUGGUUAAAGCCCGGCGCACCAAAACUCUAGAAAAAGAGGUCGCUUCCGGUGAGCAUGAAAAGGUCCAGGGUGGCUACGGAAAGUAUCAAGGAACCUGGGUCAGUUACCAAAGAGGCGUGGAGCUCUGUCGACGGUACCAUGUGGAGGACCUCUUACGCCCUCUACUCGAGUAUGACAUGGGCCAGGACGGCGUAAGUCAAGCCGGACAUGGAGCAACAGACACCCCGACGAAGGAACAAGCUAUGGCGGCUCAGCGAAAACGGCUCUAUUAUGGCAUGGAUAGCCAAAACUCCUCCUCGCAGGGAACCUUUUUUCAAAGUAUUUCGCGCACUGCCGCUAGCGCAGUGAGCGCCAUUAAUAAAGCACGAUUUGAUUCUCCAGCCAGCCGCGGACCCGAUAGUCGACAGCCUAGUGCGAUAAGGAGGUCUUCACAAAUGAGUAGCCAGGAAUCGCAUGUUCCUCUUGGUAGCCAAAAGAGUAUGUACAGUGUUGCCUCGGAUAGUGGCUUUGCGAGCAACCUACAACCUAGCCAGCGAAGUCUCGUAGACCAUGGAGAAGAGACCCAAGAGCCCCCCCGAAAACGAAUGCGAUCAUCAUCCUCUGUGCAGAUGCGCUCAUUUAAUGCUUUAAAUGAGCCUACCCCAACUGAGCCUAGUGAAUCGUUCUACAGGCCGCUGGAAGCGCAGGAAGAUGCAACUGACGACUAUACUCAUGGGCUGAAGCCCCUAGCAGCUGCCACUACUCCGGAAAGAUAUCAGAAAAUGAAGCUCAUCAUGACUCUAUUCCUCGACAAGCGCGCAAAAGAUUUCUCGACUCAUCCAGCUUUUCUCACACUAACUAGCGAGGAUUUAGAGAUCCCACUUGACGAGUACCUAAAUAGUGCCUUACACUGGGCUGCUAUGCUUGCGCGCCUACCACUUGUCCAUGCGCUAGUUGCCAAAGGAGUAAGCAUAUAUCGCCUGAACGCCGCUGGUGAAACGGCCCUUCAAAAAGCUGUUGGCACAAGGAAUAAUCUUGAUUAUCGAACAUUUUCAAAGCUCUUGCAGGUUCUCGCCGCGACUAUUGAAAUAAUCGAUCACCACGGACGGACAGUUUUGCACCAUAUUGCAAUGAUGGCUGCGACAGGAGGCGAUGGUCACGUUGCAGCAAAGCAUUAUCUGGAGUGUCUGCUCGAGUUCAUAGUACGCCAUGGAGGCCCAUCAAACAGCCAACAAAGUUCCGCCAACGGCGCCAGUAGCCUUAGGAACCCUCAACGAACGGAAGUAAUAGGCCUAGGAAGGUUUAUGUCAGAUAUGAUUAACAUCCAGGAUGACCAAGGAGAUACUGCAUUAAACCUCGCAGGAAGGGCUCGCACAAUUCUCGUUCCUCAACUCCUCGAAGUCGGUGCAAGUCCUCACAUACCAAACCAUACGGGGCUAAGACCAGCCGAUUAUGGCGUCGGUGUCGAUAUGGUUAGUAGCGGCGGCCAGGGUCUGCAGAAUGGCGAUGCAGACGAUUCGUUUAGUACCCAACUUGCAAGAACAAAACAGGAUAUUCUCAGCUCUGCGCUUGCACAAAUCACCUCUGCCAUCGAGCAGUCAUUUAACAUGGUGGAUAAAGAUCUAUCUGAUGACCUGAGCAAAAAACAAGAAGAGUUUGACCAGUGGCACGCGAAGAUACGCGAAAGCGCUAAACUCCGGCAAAUAGAGCAGAAUGAACUGGAUGAAUUAAAGAAAACAUCUCGCGAACGCAUCGAGCUACAGAGACAGACGCGCAAUCUUGAACAAUCAGCCGAUGAGCUUGCUGCAACCUUGAAGGAAAUGGAAGAUGCAGAACCUAGCGACAAUCCCGUAGGCGACGAUCCAAGGCAAACGCCAUUAUUCGACCUGGAUGGGUUCAAUACCCUGUUCCCAGAAACAUUCGAUGCCUCCACGGGUUUUUCUGACGAACAGCGUGCAUACCUUUCUGAACAGCCUUCUGUUGAGAAACUACAGGCGUUUCUCGGGGCCUAUGAGGAACACAACCAAAGUAUUGGCGAGGAGAUUGAAAUCCUCAAAUCCAAAAACGUUGUGCUUGGCGAACAGUACCGGCGCAUGGUCAUGGCAUGUACAGGGUGGUCCGCUGAGCAAGUAGACGCCGCCGCGGAGGGCCUGAUGGAGUGCGUUAAGGAUCUGAACCAGGACCCAGUGCCGGAGGAAGUAGCGCUUGAGAUUCUGAUGCAAGAUCGUGGCCAAGAUUGGUGA